AUGCCUUUCUCUGACGGAAGCUCGGCCAGCCCAUUCAGUCCAACUGUUGUGGUCACAGGUCACAACUCUAAGGGGCAAGCGAUGGUUCAGAAUUCAUACGAAUGCCCCGAGAAAGUGUUCCCCAAUCACGCAUUCACUAACCACCACCUGUAUUCAACCUCGAGUAUGCCUGUCGACCUCAAUGAGGAUGCCGAUGUCAACAAGCAUCAAGAAUGGGUGAGCGCCGAGAAAGUGGGAAUCACAAUAAAGAAUGGGACGGUGUGCCGAUACGUCAACCUGGCUCCAGGGCACACGCCCCUCUCUCAUCGCACGCAGAGCUUGGAUUUUGGUGUUGUGACGGAUGGUUCGGUGAUGAUGGAAUUGGACGAUGGUAGCAAGACCCUGUUGAAGAGAGGCGAUGUCGUCGUCCAACGUGGUACGAUGCAUGCAUGGAGCAACCCAAGUCAAACAGAGUGGGCACGAAUGGUCUUCUUCCUUCAGGAUUGCUUGCCUCUCAAAGGAGUCAAGGAAGAUCUUGAGCACAGUAAUGGACUGGAGCAACUGUUUUCCAAGACGCAUGACGAGUAG